UGUUCACAUUGUGGUUUUUGUAAAAUAUGAGCCUGGAAGACGAGAGCUUUCCCGCCGACGAGCUGUUCGAACAGCUUAAUAGUGCGAGCAUAGGUGCUUCACGCCAGUUCAAGAGCCAAUUUGGCGAACACGAUCAGCCAGAGGCAUUUGAGCGCAAUCCCGCGCCAUUUUUAACCAGCGAUUGCUCUGAUGAGAGUUCGUUCAUCGAUGCCGCCAACAAGAGCGCCAAGACCUGUGUCAGUGACCCGGUGGGCCUUGACCAGUGUGAAGAAGAGGAAGAGGUAGACAAAGAUUUUGAGGAUUCUGCCCUAGCGAACGGUAAUUCCGAACUUCAGAUAAAAAGCGCCCGGAGCAGCAAGUCUGUCUCCUACCAGGAUAUUCACUCGGCGCACACAAAACGGCGCUACAAACACGUGACUAGCAAAGUGGCAAAGUACAUAGCGGAUAUCCAUGCCCAGGACCAACAGCGUCGCAAUGCGACCAAGAAGUUCCAGCGCCACAGCUCCAUGCCGGAGUAUUUGACGCCCACAGCCAGAGAGCGCGGGGCCCACUUCAGUGUAGACGAGUUGCACAAUCUGGACGAGUCUCUGGAUAACAGCAGUGCGGGAAACAUAACUGAUGCCAAAACCCCCAACGACAGCUACGAGCGCCUGCUCAGCGAGAAUGAGCGCCUGCAGAAUGACAAGGAGGACCUGAAGUCCUACAGCGACUAUCUGCAGACCAAGCUGGACGAGAAGGCAAUGGAGAACAUGCAGCUGCGGCGCAACUUUGACGUCUUGCGCACCGAUCUGACCGACUGCAAAGAGAAGUUGAAACGCAAUCAAAGUUACUCGCUUCGUUCCCUCAACUUCUGUCCGCCCGCGAGCGUCCCUAAGGCCACACAAACCGACCACGAAUUACUCUCCCAUGCCCCGAACAUAUCCCGACUAUCGAACAUGGUCGCCAUUGCAGAUAGCGGAACGCCGCUUCCCGGCUCCAAUACGAACAAUCUCACCUACGAUAGCAGUGCCGGUUCCAUUGAGGUGGCCCUGCUGAGCGUGGCACCCGCCGCCCGUCAGCCCAAUGCCGGAAAACCGAAGAAGAACAUCCAGCCGCACUCGCUGGACUUCAGCAACGACAGCACCGAAGCAGAGCCUAAUGGAAAUGGCACCACCUCCACUGGCCAUUCAUCCUCCCGAGCCAUCACCUCCAGACGGGGCGCGGCCCCCAACAACUCUGAGAGCAGUCACCCAAGCAGCAACGACUCUGCCAUCGAGGUUGAAGCCCUCGAUUUGCGCUCACCGUACCAUCGCCAGCCCCAAGGCAGCAUCUACCCGCCGAUGCAAGAUUGGGGUCACAGUGACGGCAUCUAUUUUUUCGACAAGCGCAGGAGCCGCGUCAUCGAAGUGAGGUCUAUUAAUGUAAGUCAAAGUUCCAAUCCAGAGCAAAAUUCCGGAACAAGUGAGACCAACCUUUUGAACCAGUCCCACGUGCAGUUCAGGCACAAGAGAACUUCGAUGGGCACUCGCAUGCUACGCCUUCUUGGGCCUUGUGUCCGCUGCACAGACACGAACCAAUCGGUCAACGCCAGCAGCGCCACCUACACCAUUGGCCUGCCAUUGCUUCGCGAGGAAUACGGCGGUCGACACACCGACCGCUGAUCUAUAUACAUACAUAUAUACUAAAUAAUGUGUCGAUCACUAAAAAUUUGUCUUGCUUUCGUUUUAAUUAUUGUAUCAAAAUGUAUUAUUUUAUGUUGCGUUAAGUAUGGUAUCCUUAAUGUUCCUCGCUCUUUUAGCCGCCUAUUUGGCGAGAGUAUCCUGUCAUCUACAAUAUGUGAAUGUAUGCAUGUAAUCCAAGUUAAAACCCCAUGCUAAAUAUAUGUGUAUUUUUGAA